AUGGCAGCCCCCGUGAGGGUGACCCACGCUGUCAGAAACUCCUCUUUCAAGGAGGGAAGUGAUGUAAACCUGACGUGCAGUGAUAGGACGUGGAAUCAGAUGAUCUUUGUUUCUUGGGAAAUAAUGCUGAGAAACAGAUCCUGUAGAGUAGCCUUUAACAGUGAUGGCCAAAGUUUAGACACCUGCAAUGAUGGGAAGACACUCAGAAACACAUCCAGCUCCCAGUCAUACCUGCACAUCCCAAAAUUCUCCAACGGUGACGAUGGGGUUUACACAUGCCAGUCUGUUUACAAUGGAGGAUUCAUUUCAGCUGUCAUCAGUGUGGACAUUAUUGUUCCUCCCAGCGUAUCCACCUGGUUGGAGCGACAGGACAACAAGCUGAUGGCAGUGUGCAAAGCUAAUAGAGGAAAACCAGCCGCCAGCAUCAGCUGGAGUCAUGCAGGGAACUCAUCGUUGGUGGAAACACUCGACUCUAAUGGGUUUUAUACUGCUGAAAGUCGUCUGCUGCUCCCUGAUGGAGGAGGAAACCUGAGCUGUAUUAUCAGGCACCUGUACUGGGAAGAGGAAAAGAUUUUCAUUCCUGAAAUCAGAGAGGGUGUUCAUCCUUGGUUCCACAACCUUCUUGUCCUGGGUGUCGCCUUGAUUUUGCCUGGAUUGUGUUUCUUCGUAAUAAAACUGAAAAGGCGAUGCCAGCAGUCUGACAUCUAACCAAGACCUCACCGAGGGUUAAUUUCUGCAAGGCUGCAGUUUCUCUGCACAUCAUGUGAAGUUGUUCUAAAAACGCUCUUGAGUCAAAUAGAGGAUGUGGAGACUGAUCCCAGGAACUUCUCUUCCAUUUCUGUUACACAUGAGAUCACAGUCAUGAGCUAUUUACAGUGUAUGGUGGAUGUCUGAAGAAUAAACAGAC